AUGAAGAGGAGGAGGGCAGAAGAGGAUAAGGAGAGGAAGAAGGUGAAAAUUAGAACCAGGGAAGAAGAAAGGGGAUUAGAGAGAAGAGGAGGAGGAAGAGGUGAGAGAGGAAGGAUAAGAGGAAGGAGGGUAAAACAGGGGGGGUUAGGGGAGGAGAGAGGGAGGAAGGAGGCAAAAGAAAGGACACGAAGAGGAAGUAAGGAGAGAGGGAAGGUCAUGAAAGGAGAAGGAAAGACUGAGGAGGAUGUAAAGGACAGGAAAAAGAUGGAGGUAGAGGAGGACAGGAGGAGGAAGAGGGUGAUGGAGGAGUAA